AAAACACAAAGACUGACAACACAAGGGACAGGAUGACCAGCAAUGCCUGCUGGCUAAAAGAAACACAGGGUGGAACAACCGGGGCUCACCAUGACCCUGACUGUGUUUAUGGCAUAGUUAAAUUCUAGGUUGUGCUUUAACUUUAAAUGCACUAGUUCGCGUUGUACUUAGGUAAUUGUCUUUAGAAACCAUUAGUUUAAACCGUUUGUUUUAAAUAAUCUACUGAAUUAAAUAGGACUAAAACACCGCGGGACUGAGAAUGCGCGUGCACGCGAAAGAAUGAAUAUUGGGGAACAACCCCUGGCCCGAUUUAUGAUAUUGGAAGACCGGUCAUUCAGCAUUGCAUUUGUCUGCUGAAUGUUUAUCCACUCCCACACGCCGACAAUUUAAUAGUAGCAUAUCUCCUGAUAUGGUGUGCCACUGUCAAUAUCGCUUCUGAAAACAGUCUUUGUAACUCAUCAGCUAUUAUAUGACAGUCAUUUUCCUGUUAGGUUUAUAAUUAUUAUUGCAACAAAACUCGCUGAAGUCUUUUUUUUGCUGAUAAUUUACUGCUUGUUUAUUUAGCUAUGUCUGAACUGGCCCGUGCUGCCGCCCACGAAGCAGUGUUGAAGGAGAGCUCACCCCUCCCUGAGGACCUGCCUCAAAUCAAGGGCUACGACUUUAACCAGGGAGUGGAUCACAAGGCGCUGCUGCAGUCUUACCUCACCACCGGCUUCCAGGCCAGCAGCUUCGCACAGGCUGUGCAGGAGAUCAACAAGAUGAUUGAAAAGCGACUUGAGCCAUUGGAGGAGGUGGGUGGAUGUAACACUGAUUCUCAGCAGCCACGCUUCGGUUGCACAAUCUUUCUUGGGUAUACCUCCAACCUCAUCAGCUCUGGAGUGAGGGAGACCAUCCGGUACCUUGUCCAGCACAAAAUGGUGGAUGUGAUUGUCACCACAGCCGGUGGGAUAGAAGAGGACUUCAUCAAGUGUCUGGCCCCCACUUUCCUAGGAGAUUUCAGUCUGCCAGGCAGAGAGCUGAGGCAGAGGGGCAUCAACAGGAUAGGGAACCUCCUGGUGCCCAAUGACAACUACUGCAAGUUUGAAGACUGGGUGAUGCCCAUCCUGGAUCAGAUGGUUGCGGAACAGAAAACUGAGGGUACACACUGGACUCCAUCUAAAAUGAUCCAUCGUCUUGGCAAAGAGAUUAACAACCCAGAGUCUGUGUACUACUGGGCCUACAAGAAUGACAUUCCUGUGUUCAGUCCAGCCUUGACGGACGGUUCCCUGGGUGAUAUGAUCUACUUCCACUCCUACAAGAACCCUGGGCUUAUUCUAGAUAUAGUUGAGGAUAUCCAAAGAAUGGACAACAUGGCUGUGUUUGCCAAGCGCUCUGGAAUGAUUAUCCUGGGAGGUGGACUAGUUAAGCACCACAUCGCUAAUGCCAAUCUCAUGAGAAAUGGCGCCGACUUCUCUGUGUACGUGAACACAGCACAGGAGUUUGAUGGAUCUGAUUCGGGGGCGCGCCCCGAUGAAGCCGUGUCAUGGGGGAAGAUCCGCAUGGAUGCCAAGCCUGUGAAGGUCUACGCUGAUGCCACAAUCAUCUUCCCCUUGCUGGUUGCUGAGACCUUUGUUGCCAGUGCUGCCAGACUGACCGGAGAGGAGAAAGACAACUGUCACUCUUAAACAAAACUGUACUUCUCUGAUUUCUCUUAUAUUUACUUCCACCUUUGUCUGUUUGUUUUGUAGAAUGGAUUUUGUGCUGUUCAAUGGCCACCUACUCCUUCUCAUUCCAUCUACCUGCUCUUUCAUGUCCUCUCUUCCCGUUCCUCUUCCCCCAGUCCCUUUUUUCUUAUAGACUUUCCUUAUCUGGCUUCACUAAAUUACCCUUGAUUGUGUGUGGACUGGCAUCCCGUUCAGGGAGUCCCCUUGUCCUAACCUGUGUUGGACAGGCAUCCCACCCAGGGUGUCCUCUGCUUCGUGCCCUGUGAUGGACUGGCAUCCUGUCCAGGGUGUCCCUCUGUCCUACCCUGUGAUACACUGGCAUCCCACCCAGGGUGACCCCUGCCUUAUGCCCUGUGAUGGACUGGCAUCCCAUCCAAUGUAUCCCCCACCUUGUGCCCUAUGAUGGACUAGCAUCCCAUCUAGGGAGUCGCCUUCCUUUUCACUUCUGCUUCCUGGGAUAUGUUCAAGAUUAGACACUACACUGCAUGGUUGAAAACUGGAUUAAUCUAAAAUUGGUAUUCAGUACGUUUGUUUAAUCUUCAGUAGACUAUGUGGUCAAGGUGCACAUGGACUUAUUAACGUUGACUGCGAAUUUGUGAUUAGUCUGUUAAAUGCUGCCAUCUUGUGGAAAAAUUUAAAAGCAAUAAAGUUAAAGUAAUACUGCGUUUGUAAAA